UGUUGGCGUUCUUGUCGUGCUCACAAAGAGAGCCAACCAACCAUUCAAGUGUGGUGUUUAGCUGUUGCGCUGCAGUUAUGAGUAUGCCUAUGCGGAAAUUGCCGUUAGUUCGGUUUUAGCUCUGAAUCGGUAUUGACGGUUAUUUCUACUGAGCCACGCGCGUUUUGUUUCGUUUUGCUUUCAACAUCCAAGAAGUGGAAAAACAAAAACACCAAACAUCACAAGUUCUACUAUCGGAAUAUUUCGACUAUCACACGUACGUCACCACCACCACGAACCAGCACAUCCCAACCGAUUUCCUCUCCUCGCCAGCUCCGGGGAAUCGCAGGGAAAACAAGGCGAAAAGAAUGAAUGAAGAAUAGAAAAAAGAAAAAGUGCAAAAUAAUAAAUAUCUCGUGAAUUUGAUGAAAAUUUACUGUUACAGAGCAUCAUUCCGAGUGGAAAUUUGUGUCGUUUUGUGGAGGAAAUCGCUCCUCGAAUUUUAUAAAAGAAAUGGUCCCCGCUGACCAAAUAAAAAUAAGAUUAUAAUUUUUGUGAUAUUCUAGAUUUGUGUGCUGCGUUCUUUUCGUCUACGUCUUCGUACUCGCAAUCGUUCAAUGAGAAUAUUUUCGUUAAAAUCGUUGCGUAUGGUCGCGUUAUCCUGCGAAAUUUUUUGGUGAAAAGAAAACAGUGCAAAACGAACGAACGAAGAAAGAGAUAAAAAUACAUAACGGAGAAAAAAAAAUAAUUCGAAAACAAGUGGAAAUAAUGAUAAAUUUACAAACACAAUGAUAAUUAGAGUGAUGAUAAUUUAAUAACAAAACAAGAACGGAAUUUCUUAAAUCUAUCUAACAACCCGGUACGAACAACAAAAACAAGAACACAACAACAGUAACAACAAACAAUAACAAAUUAACUUGGCCAACAAAAGUGAGCUGAUGAUGCUGUUUCUAAGGGCCAAAUUCUGGCACGUUUAUGAUUCUUAAUUAGCUACUGGAAUAGUUUCAGCUGAUGUAAGCAUUAAAUCACAAUAGAAGAAGCCAGUGCAAAGGAAGACAACCACGCACCCAGCCGAGGGUCGAUUUCACACACAAACAACAAGAACCCGUCAAGAACAAUCAACCUACGAGCCACCAUUCAUUCAUCCAUCCAUCGAGUAGGGCCAUAUGCUUGCCGCAUGCUGCUACCGCAAUUUCUGUGAAUAAAUGAAUGGAUGCCGACCUCCCCCCACACUCAAACAAAGACACACGCACACAUACAUGCGAGUAAGGAGUUGUCGAUGCUUACAUUCUUUUUGAUGGGUUUUGGAUUUACCCGUUGCCAGGGAUAGCAAGCCAGGCCAGCUUAGCAUCAUAUUGAAAUGCCUAUAAAGAGGCGUUUUUUAUGACCGUAAAUAAUAAAAAUAACAACAGCUACUCCAGAAACAAACUCACACACACACACAGACAAACAUACAAACCGGGACUGAGAAAAGUAACAAAUAAACCGAAAUACCAGAAACCAACAAAAUUUUCAUCUGUCGGUCGGUCGGUCGGACUUCCGGUCAAUUGCCAUAGAGAGCCUGUGUUGUGUUGUUGAUGGUGUAAAAAUAUUUUUGUUAGCUGCCCUUUGGCUUCGUUGUGACUGACUGAAUGAAUGAAUGAGUGCUGUGACUCAACCAAACAACCAACCAACGCCAAGUAUCGUUCGAAAAUUGUAAUGCAAAUCCUAAAAAUAAAACAAAAAGGAAUUCUUAAUAAAAUGUCAGAAAUGCCAACAGCAUCGACAUUUCAAUUUUAAAUGUGGAUAUCCUUUCCUCUGGCCAACAUAAACAACAUCUCCAUCAGGACUGACGACUGCGACAACACGCACCAUUCAACCCAGCUACCCGCUCAAAAGGAAUACCAGAACAAAGUUCGUUAUUACCACCAUUGCAGAGAAGGAUUACAAAUAACCGAAAACGGAAUUGAAAACAAAUUCUUUCGUUUUCGCCCGUUUUUAUUUCUCUGCCCAUCAUCGGAGGGCGUGCGUGCGUGCGUGUGCCUGAGCGUCGCAAGCAGAAUGAUGGACUGCUGGUCAUCAUUGCAAGCCAUUCUCAAAUGUCGCUCUUAGCGUUCAUACCAAAAAGCGUGCAACAAAAAACCAAAGCAACCAACCAAUCAAACAAAUUAAUAAAAACCAAACGAAAAAACCAAAAGCCCCAGCUACUAACCAAAAGCUAAGCUUCUGUAUGUCUUACUCUGCCAACUAAAGAACACUUCCUCUCACUGACUGUCUAUCUCUAAUUAUUUAAAUAAUAACAAUUACCCGUUGACAAGACUCAAGGAAACUCUCGAGCAUUAAAUUUCCACUAAACCUGCUGAGACUGCUAGCUGAUGUUGUCAAUAUCAGCCACCAUGGAGUCCCCAGAUCCUGGGCAAAUUUAUCCAUUUGCCUUAUCUGCCACAAAUAGAGCUGCAGAUGCGGUUGCAGCUGAUGCCCCAGCCCCCGGCAAUGCAUGUCAGCAUUGUCAUCGUUUCUAUCAACAUCAACCAGAAUAUCAGCACCGGCAACAACACUGCCACAGUCAUCAUAACAACAAACACCAGCCACAGCAGCUAUCAUCGUCCAAGCAACAUCAUUGCUCGCCUCGUCUUCGACAAUAUAAUCGUCAGCAUCAGCCUCAGCAUCAUCGUCAGCUGCAGCAACAUUGGAUUAAAAAUCUUCAUUUUGUCUGCUCCGUGAUAUGCCUUGUGGUUGCCAUACAUUUGCCCGCGUUUUGUCAUGCCCAACAGCAAAAAUUCCGUGUAACACCUCACGACCUACAAGUGCUUGAAGGAGCGGAAGCUAUGUUGCGCUGUGAAGUCUCCAAUUUAGCCGGUGCUGUUCAAUGGACUAAAGACGGAUUUGCUCUGGGGUUUUCGGCGGUAAUACCGGGAUUCCCACGCUACUCGGUGCUGGGCGACCGUAAACAGGGUGUCUACAAUCUGAGAAUAUCGAAUGCCUCAACCUCAGAUGAUGCCGAAUACCAGUGCCAAGUUGGCCCAGCACGCUUGAAUUCAGCGAUACGAGCGAAUGCUAAGCUCAUUGUCAUCUCCCCACCAUCGUCAAUUGAAAUACAGGGAUACGAGAAUAAUGCCAAAGUGGAGGUACGAGAGAAUCAGGACCUGACAUUGAAAUGUGUGGUUUCAAAUGCCAAACCAGCAGCACAAAUCGUUUGGUACCGCGGCAAUGUAGAGUACAAACCAGAAAAUCGCAACGAUAAAGUCGAGGAAACUUCACCGAAACGAUUUACCACCACUUCCAGCCUGAAAUUGAAACCUACCGCUGAUGAUGAUUACACGGAGUAUACAUGCCAGGCAAAGCAUAAGGCCUUGGCACCAGAUAUGCCAAUGCGAGCCACCGUACAACUGUCCGUUCUGUAUCCUCCCGGCCCACCAUACAUUGAAGGUUACACUCAAGGAGAAACAUUAAGACGGGGUCAGCUGGUAGAACUGAUUUGUCGCAGUCGAGGAGGCAAUCCCGCAGCCCAAUUGAUUUGGUACAAAAAUGGUCUGCAAACAAAAAUGGCAUAUAAAACGAUAGGACGAAUGUCGGAAAAUGUCUACAAAUUUACAGCCGAAGCUAGUGACAACAAGGCUCGAUUUAGGUGCGAAGCGAUUAAUGUUAUGUCGCCGGCACCACUUAAAGCUGAAGUUGAACUGACUGUUUUGUUUGCUCCAACACAUGUCGCCAUAUCGGGCAGCAGCGAAGCACGAGUGGGCGAUGUAGUGCCGCUUACGUGUACCACAGCUCCAUCAAAUCCACCGGCUGAAAUUAAGUGGACGGUUGGAGGGCGUCAGAUACGUAAUGCAACGUCACGUACUGUGGUCAGUCCCGAAGGUGGAUGGAUUACCAUUUCGAAUAUAACGGCAGUCAUUGAGCCCAACAAACGUUCGUUGGUUGUCAUCUGUCAUGGUCUAAAUAUGCAGCUCACCGAGAAUGUUGUAUCCACACACACAGUAAAUGUUCUAUAUCCACCAUCGCCACCCAUUAUAUCUGGUUAUAUGGAAGGUCAAAUUAUUCCAGCUGGUUCGGUACAAAAACUUUUAUGUGUUUCAUCUGGCGGUAAUCCAUUGGCCACCCUAACAUGGUACAAAAAUGACAAAAGGAUAAACUCCGUGAUACGCACUGCCGACAAGUCGGUCUCCGCCGAAAUUACAAUUCUGGCAAACGUAACGGAUAAUCAGGCUCAAUAUCGCUGCGAGGCAGCCAAUAGUGCCACGGAGAUACCUCUUUUCGAGUCGACCACACUGAGUGUGCACUUUGCUCCAGAAACAGUUAAGAUACGCAUCGAACCGGAAGAAUUGAAACCAGGCAUUGAGGCGACCAUUGUGUGCGAUUCCAGUUCAAGUAAUCCACCUGCAAAACUGUCGUGGUGGAGGGAUGGCAUUGCCAUCAAGGGUAUAAAUAACACAUCUAAACCCGGCCUGUGGGGUGGUACCGUCUCGACGUUGGAAUUCAAAGUAAACAUCACACAGGAAAUGAACGGCGUAGUGUACACAUGUCAAAGUGCCAACGAAGCUCUCCAGCGCAGUGUGCACGAGGCCAUUAGUCUGGAUGUGUUGUAUCGACCCAAAUUCGUGCCUCCGCCAUCCUCCACUGCCGUGGGCGUUGAGGGCGAAUCUCUGCUGGUUGCUCUGCAGGCAAAUGCCAAUCCGAUGUCAAUUACCUACACCUGGUCAAAGGAUGGGCAACCACUGCCCGCCAAUGGUAAUGGGGAGGCUCGUAUUUUCGCCGAAGGACCCAAACUGAACUUCACCAAAUUGCACCGCAACGAUGCCGGUGUUUAUGUUUGUGAGGCACGCAAUUCACAGGGCUCUGCGCGUAUCAAUGUCACAGUUGUGGUGGAAUAUGGGACCACCAUCAAAGGUGUUUCCGAGAAUGUCAUAGUCAAUCCCGGUGAAGAUGCAAUGCUGUCAUGUUCGGUGGAGGGCAAACCCCUGACCGAAGAUCACGUCAAAUGGGAGCGUUUGGGUUAUGACAUGACCAUAAAAACCUCGACCACCUUUGCAAACGGCACCUCGUAUCUGCACAUCAAAGAUGCUCAGCGCGAAGAUGUUGGCAAUUUCCGUUGCAUAGCCGAUAAUCGUGUUGCUAAUCCUACAAGUCGCGAUGUACUGCUGAUAGUCAAAUUUGCUCCGGAAAUAGACAAAUCUCCCACACUUAUGAGAGCCGCCAGUGGCACUGGAGAACGUGGCCGUUUGCCAUGUCGUGCGCAAUCCUCGCCAAAGCCAAAAUUCAUUUGGCGCCAAGAAGGAAAAGAUUUACCGGUAAACCGUUCCUACAAAUAUGAAGUUGAGGAGAAGAAAAUCGAUUCGCUGACAUAUGAGUCGAUUCUCAUCAUAGAGAAGGUGGCUCCCGCCGAUUAUGGAGCCUAUGAAUGUGUGGCCAAAAAUGAGUUGGGUCAGGACAUUGAGCCAGUACGACUGGAUAUAACUUCUCAGCCUGAUACACCAUUGAGUUUGAAUAUUCUUAAUGUGACACAUGAUUCGGUAACGGUGGCAUGGACACCAGGUUUUGAUGGUGGCCUAAAGGCAUCGUACAGAGUACGUUAUAGAGAGGCUAACCGGGAACAAUACAAGUACAUUGAUGGACUGCCCAAUAGUCAUAAGCUCACCAUAAAUGGACUUCGAACGAACACUUUGUAUCUGUUCUCGGUAAUGGCGUACAACGAUUUAGGCGAGAGCAAAUACUUGCCUGACCUACAAAAGGCCCAUACCAAAGAAGCACCGCCACCAUCGCAGCCAGCGUCAUCGUUGGGCGGCCCUCCCACAACCAGUGCCACACCGCUGGGUGGCACCUCCGGCCUGCUGUUGCUGGUCGGUGUAGCAUCUGGCAUAACAAUUGUGGCUCUGAACAUCCUCAUCAUAGGUUGUUGCCUGCACAAACGCAAUCAGAAGCGUCUCAAACGAGGUCUCGAAUUGCUACCAGCGGAAUUAACUGAAAAUUCAAAUGCGCCAAAUCUGGUUAUAAUUGGCAUUUCGUUGGCAGCUUUUGGCUUCCUUUUGGUAAAUGCCGCCUUAGUGGGCUGGUUUUUUGUUCAUCAAAGGCGCAAAAAAGCUGAAACAGCAAAUCAACCUGGAAAAACGGCAACAAUUGAAAUGUAUGCACCCAGCUCAUACAACGACACAGUUACCGGCGAAACCUUGUCAAGCGUUUCGGAGAAAAGCGAAUCGUAUUCUAAUGAUGGCAGUCAAGGCGAUUACAUUGAUGAGGCUCGUAAAAAAGCAGCUUCAACAUAUCUGGUAGACAAUUCCGAUCUGCCGCCGCCCCGUUAUCAGCAAGAUGGCACAAUGCCAGCUCUCUAUCCUAAUAACAUUGUUAAUGCACGAACAUUGCCACAUCCCCGCCACAAUAAUGGGGCCAACAUUAUGGAUCACCGAGCACGAGAUGAUCAGAUGCUAAUUAACAAGGCUGUUUAUAUUCCGUCCCCGUCGCCAGCACCGCCACCGGAUGGCUCCUACUACAACAUGAACAGUGACAGAUAUCUCUCGUACCCGCCAAUGGAUUAUGCCGCUCAAAUAGACUUCACCCAACCUAUGCCAAUGGCUCACUUGCAACCAGCAUCGCAGGCCUCUAUGAUAAGCGGUACAAUAUUGGCGGCAGCUCCAUCCAUGGGGAAUGGGGGAAGUGGCACAUUGAGGCGUGGCAUUUUGAAAGGAGUUUCACAUGUACCACCGCCAGAUGUCACCCAUCACACCACCUCCAACAUGGGCAGUGUACAUAUGAUGCACGACUUGCAUCCACUAAAUAUAUCAUCUACCUCGUCAACGAUGACCACCACAUCGAGUGUGGGCAAUGGAAGUUUGAUGUCAGUGCCCAGUUCUACGCCUAAGCAACCACAAAGCAUACUGAAAGACCCCAAUCGAAACAAGCAGCAGCAUCAGCUACAACAGCAAUCCUCGCUAAUAGGGCCGGGCAUGAUGGCUGUGGCCGCGCCACCCGGCAGUCUGCAAGUGCUGAACAUACCCAGUUCGGUUGGGAUUAGUAAUAACCUGUUAAUGACCGCCAGUGCGGCCUACGAUCCUGCAAAUCCACAUAGUCUGACAACGUUCAAUGCCGGUGGUGCCACAGUUGCAUUUACGGAUGCCGAUGGACAUCUUGUAUAGCUGUAGGAUGCCUCACAUGGGGCAAUGUUGACAGUUAUAACGGACAGAGCAACGACAACAACAACACCACCACCACCACUACCACAAACAACCCGCUACUAAAUACGAGACAUGAAUUUCUUUCUCUUCUUCUCCUUACCCCUUUGGAUAAGUAUAAGUCAAAACUAGGCUUAAGGACAUACAACAAUACUCUUAGUACAGCAGCAUCUAUUUAGUCACGCAUACACGUGCAACAAACACGAUGUUUGCGAAUACAGACAAACACACGUAGUGAGAAUAGUGUUUGUGACUGUUGCGAUAUUUAAUGACAAACACAAGCAAAACAGAUUCGAUAACACUUUCGUCAAUCCACUAAUUCAAACCGGAAGUGAGGUGAUGAGAUCUGAAUCACACACUUCUAAGGCAUGCUUGACAAUUUUCAUUUUUCAUUGGAAAAAACGUGAGGUUAUGGGUGCAAAGGAGACUUUGUUCAAAAAAAAUCUCUUCGAAGAACUUUACUUUCUUUCAAGUGAAAAGUGUCAUUGUGUAGCCUAGGAGCAAAGCCAAAAACGACAGAAAAAAAUAAAGAAGAAAAAAAACAUACACAGAACUGAAAUAACAACGAAUGACACCUCAGACACAAAAUUUAAAAUUAACAUUGGCCCAUUUUGUUAUGAUGUUCGAUUGCGAUGUAUUCAUUGGCCAUUCGGUCCUCUAUUUGUCCACAAAAAGAAUUAUUUGCUUCUUAUACAAAUUCAGACGAUCACAAUAUCUUGAAUGCAUGUGAGAGAAUUUUCAGAGUGAAAAUAAUAUCUGUAGGGUACCAGAAGUUUUAUUCAUAUCAAUUCUUCACCACCGGAUCAACUUCCAUCCUGCUAUAUUAGUUCUCACAUUGUUCCCUUUUUUAAAUAAAUAUUUUUGUCAAUCUUUCACGAAACUUUUUAUUCUCUUCACAUCGAAACAGGAGGGUCUAUUCCGGCCAAUAAAGGAGCUAACUGUAACUAUACUAUGACACAAAUAUCUCUACCGGACAGACUAUGUAUUUCUGCUCCAUUAUAUUUAUUAUUUAAAUAAUAUUAAUUUGCAUCUUUACUUAACUAUUGACCAAUUAUUAUUCUAGUCUUUGGAAGCGACAUUAGUAAAAUGUUUAAUGUAAUCAAUUUUGAGUUUUUAUUGAAAUCAAUAUAUAGGUAUAUGUAGAUUAACUUCAAGUAAUUUAUUAAAAACGUUAUUCAAUCAAUUCAAUUCGAUUUAGUAUUAAUUUCUUCCCUUGAAGGAGCAGGAUUUAAGAAAACACGAGAAUCUUGAUGUAGUCUUCCACAAUAAAAUUUGAAAUUUUUUUUAAUAAUAUUUUCUGAUUUUUUUUUUUUAAUUUUAAGUUCAGUUAUAUCUGAGUUACAAACAAACAAAAAAACAUAAACGAAUUAAUGAAAUGAUGAAGGUUGAUUGUUUAUAGCCACAAAAUAUUGGCAUUGCCUUUGGCCAACAAAUAAUUGCUAGAUUAGUAUCAAUUAAUAACUGAAUAGAACAAAGAUCGAUAAUCGAAUAAAAACAAAAGAAAAAGAAAACAAAACAAAACAGAAUAACAUAAAACAAAAACAAUACAAAGAAAAAGAAAAACAAAAAACACAAAACUAACCAACUUAAAAUAAGUAUAACCAAAGAAUAAUUCAGUAUAAGUUAUUUUGUCAAUGUGUUUCUGAAAUGCAAUGUAAAUUGUUAUAGGCUAUUUGUUUUUAAUGUUCUCUAUCUCAAUAGUGUAAAGAUAAAUAAGUUUUCAUAGAAACUUUAUAUGUAAGUAAUUAAUUAAGUUAUGUAAUUAUAAGUAUUAUGAAUUUUCGGUAUUUUGUCCAUUAAAAUUUUUUUCAAAAACUUUAUCAU